UCCGCAACCUGUGGACCCGCUUGGUAGCAUCCAGCUUAGCCCCAAGUGUUACAAGUAUAAUGCUCUAAAUCGAUUGUCUUUUCUUUUUAUGCGUUUUUAUGGUUUAUUUUAUCAACAGUAAGGCAAACACUCCAAAUUAAUGCGAGAAGCUAAUACAUUUCUCAUCUUCUCAAUGUUUUUUGAUUCUGGUAUAAAAAUACAUGAUCUUUGCCAGACCUUGAUUAGAUGGAUAUCUGUUUCAAUUUUUUUCGAUAGCAUUAUUGACAUAAAGAUAACUUUCAAUGAAAACUGAAAUGUUGGCCAAUACUUAGCAGUGUAAAGAUAAGGAAUUAUAAUCGAUUGAAAAGAUGGAUAAAAUUGAACCUUUAGAUCAGUAAUCAGCAAAUAAAAUUACACACUAAGAUAAAAUGUGUCGCAUGUGUCGCACUUUGCGACACAAUGUACGACACAUUAAUAUGCGACACGAGGAGCUCGUUGCGACACAUUUCUUCCAGCGGACGUACGACACAUUCUUGUGCGACACAUGCGACACAUUUUUAACACGUGGUUCGAAUCCAUUUUUCGGCACGAGGAUUAUUUUUUUUUGAAAAUUCGAAUAGUUACUAUUUUUUCAGUUAAUUCCAAACAGUAGCACCUAUUCUUGGAGUUCGAGACGGUAGAUCGUAAGAUCUAGCUGCCUGGAGACCAUUUGAUCUCGAUCAGACUACUUCGAGGCAGUCCAUUCUCGAUCAUCUAGCGACCUCUCGACAUGUUCUCGAAUAAUAAAUGGUCGAGAAAUAAUCUCGAAAAAAAAGACAUACGAAAAUGUAUAAGUCAAGUAUGUCCAAUAGGCUCGGUUAUAUGCAGCGGCACUCGCGAAACAAAUCGGUGAAUGAACGAUUGACAUAUAGGCUAUGACACAUCUAUAAUGCGACACAUUUUUGUACGACACAUUUUUGUAAUGGAGUCUGCGACACAUAUAUACGACACAUUUUAUUUUAGUGUGUAUACUUUGUUUAAAGUUCGGUGAACAAAAGAGAAAAUCCGUUGAAUGAGAGAAAGCUCCUCUGAGAAAAGUUAUCGUAGUCGAUUAAAGAAAAACAAAAGUUCUAUUGUCUAUAGAAAAGUCAAUAGUGGAAAUUAUAAAAUUCGUGCAAAAGUCCUGUAAACAAAAGAAAAAAUACGUAGAAUGAGAGGGAAGUGCUCUUUGAGAGAUUAUUCAAACUAUAUUGUACCGAGAAAAGUUCCUAUAUUGAUAGAAAAGUGUCGCGUGAAUCUAGUAAGAAGCUCUGAAAGUUCGCUAUUUAGAAAGUUAAAUCCUCUAAAAGUCAGAAUAGUGUAGACUUUUUCAUUACCUAAUGGGAGACUUUGAUGUUCUUUUGGUCGAUAAGAAAAGCCCUUCUUUUCGCCAAGGGACAUUUGGUAAUGUGGACAUUUUUCGGAGUUUUGACAGCCCUCAGUAAAUCAACAUAAUUAUUAAAGAAAACCGUUAGCACAAAACUCUAUUUCUUUCUUUUAGUUAUAUUAUUCGCGCAGUAAAAACAAUUACUGAGAAAAAACGAAAAAAACUCUCGAGGAUCUAUAACACAGAUUACAUACUAACAAAUACAAACACUUCCCGACUGCAUAAUGAUGUUGUGCAACAAAAUUUCUCCAAAUUCAAAUCAAAUAGCCGAUCACUGGCCAAUCGUUAAUUACGAAGGUUGUACAAUCAAAUUGUUACAGACUCUGCUUUACGAAGUAAGUCAAGAGUCGUUCAUGCGACGUUUCUGCUGUACUGCAAUGCUUUUCAUAAAGUGCGGAAAAUGCGAAAUUUGAGUGAAAGUUUUUUUGCUCCGGGUGUGGUUGUUGAUCUGACGAGGGAACGUUCCCAAGUGAUUAAAAGCUUUUGAGCUCAUGUGUUACCCAUUAGGUAGAGGACCACUAGAUUAGAGAAACCUCCAAAGGAUUCGUGCCCAUAUUGAGAUUUGACAGAGAUAUCGAAUUUUUAGUGGAUUUUUCCUGCUGGACCCUAGUUCUACAGCAAAAUCAUAUUUUCGAAUUUCGACCUGAAACUUUACCCAAAUGGAGGGCUCGAUCAGAGUAGCUUGUAUAUAAAAUUUCAGAAUUUUUGGACAUUGCAUCUCCAAGGUAUCAAUCUUUCAAAGUAUCCAUAUUACCUAUAGAAAAGUGCCUAUAUUUUCAAAAAUUGAUACCUUGGAAAUGCAAUGUCCAAAAAUUCUGAAAUUUUCUAUAUAAGCUACUCUAAUUGAAGCCUUCAUUUGGGCAAAGUUUCAGAUCGAAAUUCGAAAAUAUGAUUUUGCUGUAGAACUAGGGUCCAGCAGGAAAAAUCCACUAAAAAUUCGAUAUCUCUGUCAAAUCUCAAUAUGGGCACGAAUCCUUUGGAGGUUUCUCUAAUCUAGUGGUUCCCUACCUAAUGGGCAACAUAUGAGCUGAAAAGCUUUUAAUCACUUGGGAACGUUCCCUCGUGAGUGAGCCAAAGUAAUAAUUCCAGUUAGGGAGUAUUAUACGUUUGUACUUCAUCUAUUGUAUGCAUCGAAAAAUACAAAAGUACAAUAUUUCGUCCUUGAAAAGCCAAGUUCUCACUCGUACUGAUGCACUCAAGUAAUUCUUCAAAACUUAGUGAACUGGUGUAUUCCAUUUAAAAUUUAUACUAACCUAUUGCUAACACGUAGUCAUUAAUUCAUUGGACUGCCAUCAACUUGAAGCACAAGUCCUAAUGGUACAGGUUAAUGCUGAUUCGGCAUAUUCACGGUGGAGAGGUGAAGGUAAAUGUAACGAACACACAUCCCAAACUCCAUUUAUGAUCGAAAUCCAAAUGAUGAAAAAAAUUCUAAUGACAUACAAUAUCGAUCACAGAUGACUGUAGUCGUGGAUGUAAAGCUUGUGUAAUUCAUCACGCCUUUCCCUUACUCCCACAUUGUUAUCAUGAAAGUUUCUUAGACAACAAUAAUAUGAAUACUUAUUAUACGGAAGUGAUGAAGUUGAUUCAUAAAAGGAUCAGGCUAUUCUCUCUCCCGAAAUAUUUACCAUUAGGUUUACUAUGUUUUAGAAAAAGUAGAACUUUAGGAUCGAAUGGUAAUUAUUUUCUCUUUUCAGGCUGCCCGAGCAACUGAAGAUAUUGCACAAAACAAGUGGAAAGAGUUUGACACUCAAGUAAAGGAGAAGCAGUUGUCUAACGAACAAAUAAAACUGCUUGUUACCAAUUGGGAUGAAGAAUAUCAAUGGACACCGCUUCAUUAUGCUGUCUACUACAAUAACACUUUUAUAUUCGACCAACUAACUGGAAGUGAGAGACGUUUUCAAUGUGGUAUGCUUUCAAUAAAGAACUGAGAUACUUAAUGCGUGAUAACGUUUGCUUUUCCUUUUUAAAUAGAUAUUAAUAUUAAUGGUGGAAAUGGUGAAAGUGUUUUGCAUGUUGCUGCCCGAUCAAUAGCCAUCUGGGAAAAAGUAAGAUUGAUUUAAUUUAUAUGUGUUAAUGAAAUAUUCAGUAUUAGUACAAGAAAAUUCCUAUUAAACAAUUCUAUUUUAUCUUUCGAAUCGCAUUCCAAUAAUUCAUCUUCAUGUUUCCAACAGUCUGAGUAAUUGGAACAUGGAGAGAUUUAAGAUAAUAUUCAUAUACACAUAUAGUCACACUCAAACUAAAAUAAUAGUGAUUCAAAUCAAUUAAAUGUCUUUUAAAAAAUCGGUUUUCAUCAUUACGACUCUGAAAUAUAUAAUUUAUCCUGUUUUUUGUUCGAAACUCCCGUUUCUGAUCACUUUUCCAAACUCUUUUCCUCAAGAAAUUGUAAGUAUAAUAUCAUUUAACCUUGGAUGUGUAUACUGUGCUUCAAAAAUUGUUGGAAAUCAAAUAAACCAAUAAAAAUAUAUUUAACAAUAUGUUAACCGAUGCAGUGGAUUCAUAAUCAAAUAGGUUAAUUAAUAACCUAAUUCAAACCAAUUAAUCGUGGAAAGAUGCGGGUGUGGAUGUAGACCAAUCCAUGACGUCACAUUCACACUUCGUAAUAGAAGCCAUGAAAAGUUGUUUUUCUCCAGUAAAUGAGCAAUUUUAUAUACUUUCUCAUUUUGACAAAUUUCUGGAAUUCAUUUCAAACGUGUUCCGUUGUUAAUUUACUCUGCUAUAUUUUGAUUAUAUCCAUACUUGUUAUUAGAAUGUUCUUAGAUCGAUUUUCUCUGCAUUUUAGAAAAAGGAAAAGGCUUCCAUCUCGGAUGAACCAAAAUUAACAAUUUUUGAUAUAGAAUCAUCUCCUGAAGUUCCGCCAAUAGUUCAUAAAAUGCUUGAACUUGGAGCCGAUGUCAAUGAUAUCGAUGAUGAAAGUCGUACUCCGUUACACAUUGCUGCACAAUUUAAUCGAUAUGACUAUGUACUAGAGUUGGUUGCUCGAGGAGCCAAUUUAAGGGUAAAUAUAAAUAAAAUUAAUAGUGAAAUAUGA